CACACUUUGGCAAACAUGCAUUUCUGCUGCCGCAGCAUGCCGCCAUGAGUGGCUGGGUGCUAAGCGCCUGCUUUGCUGCCCUUCUGUCAUUUGCAGCUGGCACAGAUUGCCUGAGUGAGACGGGAGUGUGCUACCAGGGGACAAAUCUGGCCAUUACUCUGGAUGUGAACUCUGUGGCUGAGGGCUGCCAAGAGGUCGGCAAUGCGGCAGCCUGCUGCGAUUUGUGUGGUCAGUAUUGGCCACAAUGUCUGUCCUGGCAGUACAUCAUUGAGGGGAACAAUGACAAUGGCUAUUCAGGAAUGAGCUUUUAUUGCUGCCUCAAAGGCAGCUUUCGACCAGAUCCUCUGAGCGCUGCGUACUGCACCUCGGGGUAUUUUAACCCACAGUGCACCCUGACUGCUGCUUGCAGCUUCGACGUUUCAGGCAGCGGCUUGGGCUAUGACUCCUCCGUUAUGGCCCUGGAUGCCUCGAGCAGCUCCUGUGGCGCCGGCAGCGCAGAGGCCUGGGAUGGACUCAGCAACCCCCACAACGCCACGUCCUUCACGGACGCCUUGGCCACCUUUGACCUUGGCACGGCCGCUGGGGGCACGGCUGGGGACUAUCUUUUGUGCUACGGGGCGUCGGGUGCUUCGGCCAGCGUGGCGGACUACCCCACGCAGGUUGGCGUCUUCACCGUGAAGGGCCCUUCCUCCGGCCAGGACUUUUCCUGCACCCUGGGAGCGGAUUGCUCGUUGACGCUUGCAGGCUACAGCCAGUCGGCCACCUCGGCCGCCUACAAGGCCCUGGUUGUGCCGGGCUCCACCUGCGGCACGGGCAACGCUGCUGCCGACUUCUCAGGGAGCUUUGAGAACCCCAGGAUUGUUUGGGACAACGAAAACGACAAUUACUACGAGAUGAAGACUGGGGCGAUGGGCGACACCACAGCAACAUACUCGCUGUGCUGGGCAGCCAACCCCGCAACAUUGGAUGACUACGUCUUCCGCGUGGGCAGCUUCACAAUGCAGGGCCCAACCUCUGGGAUGUCGCAUGUGUGCACAUUGGGCCAAACUUGUGAUGUUACCCUGCAAGGCACUGGCUUCACUGACGCCAAUGGCUUGUUAGUUGCAUUUGGAAGCUAUGCUGUGGACACAGGCAGUGUUUGUGCGUUUUUGGUCGACGAGCUGGUGGCGUCUUUGGGUUCCAGCUUCAGCCACCCUGCGCUGCCGCAGGCCUCGCCCUACACUACCUUUUCCUUUGGGCGCGCGCUGAGCGCGCAUAGCAACCAGCCAGGGAGUGGGUACCGCCUUUGCUGGUCUGCCACACCUUCGCAAGUGCCCCCAAGCAAGGUGAACUCCGACUACGCCAUCGACUCUGGAUUGUUUACAAUGCAUGGGCCCGUGCUGAGCGACCAUCAGUGUAUCCUCACCCUUCCCUGCACGCUCACCUUGACUGGCUCCGGCUUUGACCAGGGCGCCCACGGCCUGGUGCUGCUCGGGGAAGGUGCAACCUGCGGUGGUAGCUGGGGGACGAUCAACGCCUCCGGCGCUGACUGGGGCAAUCCCGCAACUGACAGCGGUGCCAGUGACGACACCUUUAGCUUUGGAACGCCCACUGAGGGAACGGCGAACAGCAACUACGUGAUUUGUUGGGGCUUUCAGCCGGCCGGCGAGUCGGACUACAAUGUCUACGUUGGCAUCUUGGAGCUGGGAGGGCCGGAUCUUAUUCAGGGCUCCAGCUGUGUGAAGGGGGAGAACUGCGUGCUGGCGCUGACGGGCAUUGCGUUCGCCAGCACCAACAAGCUUUUGGUCUUGGACGUGGGCAGCAGCUGUGGGGCUGGGGCCACGUCUGCCACCUUCAGCCCCAUGGAAGUGGAGAAGCAGGUUCAGGAUGGCACCUUCACAGAGUACCAGCUGGGCAGUCCCAACACCGGCACAGCGCAGAGUGGCUACACCCUCUGCUGGGCAGCGAGCCCUGCGAGCGUGGCAGAUUUCGCGUUGACCCUGGGCGACUUCACGGUGACCGGUCCGAAUGUGCAAGAUGUGUCUUGCACCUUUGGGCUCUCAUGUGUGCUGGAGCUGAUCGGCCUUGAGCUGCAGAGCAGCAACAAGAUGAUCGUUCUGUCUGCGGGGUCCUGUGGAGAUAAUGGGCCCACGCUCGCCUCGGUCACAGGCAUGCUGAAUGCAAUCAAUGUAGAUGCGCAGAUGCCCUACAACACGUAUGACCUUGGCACACCCUCGGCAGGUCAGCCGAGAACGGACUACCUGCUCUGCUGGUCAAGUGCCCCCGCUGACGGGGCAGGGGCUGCAUUCUACAAGGUCCCAGUGGGAUACUUGACGCUGAAUGGCCCCGUGCAAGUCUCCCAGCAUUGCAUCAUGGGCACGCAGUGCAGCAUCACACUCACAGGUGUGGGCUUGGCGGCCUUCAAUCAGAUCCUUAUCAUUGAUGCAGCCGGCUCCUGCGGGAGCACUACGCCGUCCACGGCGGUCUUCGAUGGCUUGACCAACCCGGUGAGCCCCGACAGUGGCAACGUGGCCCUGUACAAUUUGGGCAUCGCCCGCACAACCUCAGAUGGCCCUGGCAGUGGCUACAUUGCGUGUUGGGGCCACAACGCCAGCUACGACUACUGGAACAUCCAGCUGGGCACCUUCUCCAUUGACGGCCCUGACCUGCAGACAUCUCUGGUCUACUGCACCCUCGGCCUGCCCUGUAGCCUCACCUUGACCGGGGUGAACCUCGCAGCCACCAACAAGAUCGUGGUCACCGCGCUGUCCGACACCUGCGGGCAGUCGGCCCUGAACCUGGCGGUCUUCGCGGGCGCGUCGAAUCCCACCAACGCCACCGCAGACGGCACCUACGACACCUUCGAGCUGGGCACUCCCACGGGCGGGAUGCCGGGGGACUACAAGGUCUGCUGGGGCUUCGACCCCUCGGCGGACGGGGACUUCCACGUGCCCGUGCUGACGCUGCGCAUGGGCGGGCCCGUGGCCAGGAGCAGCGAAUGCACCCUGAGCGAGCCCUGCAAGAUCGAGGUGGAGGGCGUGCGCUUGGCACACACCAGCCGCCUGCUCUUCAUCUCCACCAGCAGCAACUGCGGGGACACCUCCCCCACGGUGAUCUCCUGGAGCGGCAUCAACAACCCCGCGGGCACGGACCUGCUGAUCGCCCCGGCGGACCCUGGGUACGUCUACGCGGACGGGGACCGCUACGACGCGGGCCUCGGCUACGCAGGGGUGCCGGGGAGCUACAAGAUCUGCUGGAGCUUCGACCCUCCCGGGGCGUACUCGGACUACAAGGUGACCCUGGGAGACUUCGUGAUGAACGGCCCGAUUCAGAACAUGGCGGUGUCCUGCACACUGGGCCAGGCCUGUGUGGUGGAGCCCUCGGGCGUGGGCCUGAACGAGACCAACCAGGUGCAGCUCAUCACCACUGGCACCUGCGGCUCUGCAGCGGUGGUCCAGGCCACCAUCCAGGGCUUGGUGAACCCGGUGCUUGUGGCGGAUGGGAAGUUCACGCUGGGCGGCGCGGUGCUGGGCGGCUCCUAUGCCACCUGCCGGGUCCCCACGCCGGCGGAGGGGUGCAUCGGGUCCCACUACCGGAUGUGCUGGGCCCACGGGGUCUACCAGGGUGGCGCCAACUACGUGGUGGAGCUGGGCACCUUCAGCAUGAACGGGCCGUUCGGGACCUACCGGGUGGACUGCACCAUGGGCUCCAUUUGCAGCUUCAUCCUGUAUGGGUCCAUGUUGGCGCUCACCAACCGGGUGGUGAUCCUGGAUAUGGCCAGCUCUUGCGGAGACGCCACUGUAGUGUCCGCCUUUGCGGGGCUGCUGAACCCGGCACCCUUUAGCCAGCUGGCCACGGAUGGCUCCUCCGCCACCGCGCGGCUGGGCAAAUCCCACGCCGGCAGGCCUGGGGCCUACAAGCUGUGCUGGGGCUACGAGCCUUCGACCCUUGCGGACUUCAAGGUGGAUGUGGGCAUCUUCUACUUCCACGAUGUCCCUCAAGGCUGCGAGCCAGGAGUGUUCGCAGCUGUGUGUGCGACCCCACGUUGAGCCCAGCCUUGCAAAGCAAGGAAAGCAGGGUUGGAUCCAGGUCGACCAAAGCCAAAGGCUCCUUGGGACUUCCAUGUGCCAACCAGAAAGGGUCUUAGGAGCAACCCUCGGGCUCCGUGCAGCUGGCAAGGUUCCGAGCUGCGUCUCGUUAACGGACCGCCAACUUGGUGUGAAUGGCUCGUGCAUCUCGGGGUUUCGUGGGGGGGGUGGGCUAAGGAUGCCUGAUUUAAGUUCCGCUGCAAGACCGACUACUCAAACCAGAGUGCUUGCACCCGAGGUUCUUGAGAAGCAACCGCUAAGGCCUGCCGUUGGCAGGGUCACCGGCAAUGGCCAAUCUAAACGACUGGGAAUCCGGAGGCUCAAGAGGACGAAUGCCCUCUUUGACA